AUGGAGAAAGCUGCGACCGUGAAUCACGCCCACCACAACGACGCGCACUGGACGACACCACAGUUCACUCCCUACUUCUCCAUACUUUGUCACCCAAUACUCUGUUCACGAGCCCAAUAUGCUUGCAGGGCGAAGGUGGGAAUGGGGGUGGCGGUGGGGCAUCACAACCCAGGCGUCCUUACUGGUCAGGGUCUGGCUUUCGCUGCUCGCAACGCCGUCAUUUAA